AUGGACGCCGCCGCCGUCGCGGCCCUCGACAAGGAGUACGCCCAGAUGGCUGGGGAAGGAUCCGCUGCAACAGUUCGUGCCCUGGAGAAGGAGGUCCAGGAACUCGAGACCGAGGUGAAUAAGCUCACCUCGGGCCCCUCGCGGCGGCAAGCAUUGGAAUCAGAGAAGGAGGCAGUGGCAGAGACCUGGAAAACUAAGCUCAACGAAAGUGAACAGGCGCUUGGGGAUUUGGAGAAGGAGUUGGAGGCAAAAGUGUCCGACGUCAAGGCCACUACUGCUGAAAAUCGGGAUCUGUUGGGACAAGUCGGUGCUCAGCCCCUCAAUGUGAGUGAUGUUAAGAGGAUGCACAGGGAGAUGAAGGUGGUUGAAGAUGACACUGCCAGCGCCGAGAAGGGGACAUCGGCACUGGAGGAAAAGGACUGGGAACUCGAAACCAAGUUGGUUACCAAGCUUGAGGACCUUGAGAGGCUUGCUGAGCAGUGCAACCAGGCCCACAAAAGGUUGAAAUCUGGUAUUGAUAUUCAGUACAUGAUACAUGCAAAAGGAUCUUCUCCUGCUGAGAUGCUAGGUACUUACAAAACAGUACUGAAACAAGGACUGGUGGCUCACGCUGACGAGAACAAAAGGAUCCGUCUCUCAAAUCUUGAAGAAGUAAAUGAUCUACAGAAGCAGAUGCAAGGAAAUGUUAAAGUCCUAGAGGAGGAAAGGAAUAAUAUUUCCAGUCUACAGGCAACAAAUGAUAAUGGAAUGCUAAAGUUCCCAAUUUUUAAAAAUUUUGUUUACAUGGUGAAGCUGAUGAUUUUUUUGAAGAUAUCGGAGAAGAGGCACCAAGAUGCAAGACUCAAAGCUGAUAAAGAAACUCAGGCUGUUGCUAAUGUGCUGCGGGAGCUUGUUGAUUCCAUGGCUGAACAUAAAGGGUUCAUGGGAACAAUAAUUGCUCAGAGGAGGAAGGACCUCCAUGAAGCUGAAGAUUAUAUAGCGUCUUUGGCAUCUAGCACUCUUGCUGGGAUGAGCUUCACCUGUGGGAUACAUGUACCUGUACCUGGUAUAGUAUAUUGGAAAGGCAAGUAG